AUGGGAGGGACGAGGAAUAGUUUGACAGGGUGUGGUCGAACGUCGGGAUUGAGAAGGACGCUGGGGAGAGGAGUCGUGAGAGCCGAGGAUGGAUGUGCUUGGACAGCGAGGAUGGCCGAGAUUGGGUCAAACAAGAGCAAGGAACGGUGCUCGGUGAGGACGAUGGAUGUACUACAAGGAAAGGAGCUCGUGGUUUCAAAUCUAUUUAUACCCAUGGGUUUUAUGCUGGUCGACGAGUUGCAUAUGGCAUGGAAAACCAUCAAUGCCAUGAGGGUAAAGAUCCCUUCCGAGCAUAAGGACCUGAAAAACCGGACGACAGCGUUACGAUGA